AUGGAGGAGGGCGUGCGGGAGGCCACGGCGAGCCACGUGCGGGAAGUGUUGCGACACCACGGGGCCACAGGCCUCCCGGCUGCUGACCGGCUCUCCCUGCUGCGCUACGUGGCCGGGGAUGGGUGCCAUGCUGAGCUGCGGGGCCUCCCCCUCCUGCCUCGCGCUGAUGGGACCUUCGUGGCCUUUGGGACUGCGUCAGCCAUUGUCUAUGUGGACACGUCCGACUGCCCCAGAGAGCUCCUGCCCGGCCUGGCCGGGUCCUUCCUGCCCUCGGACCUGGAGCCAGGCUUGAACAGCCUCCUGCGAGGCAUUGCCAAGACGGGUGUCUUCACCAACCUGGUUCUGCUGGACCCAGCCAUGACUGCCCAGAGCCUACGCUUGGCUCUGCCCCCAACCUGGACAUCGCAGUCUUCAACCCCUGUGACCUGGUGCCCGGCCAAAGGCCCUCCUGAGCCCCCAGCCUCCUGGUUCCCAGCCCUGUGGCAAUUCCUGGCCCACCACGUGGAAGACCUGGGCCCUCUGGAGGGGCUCCCUCUCAUCCCCCUGUCCCCACUGGGUGCCCCCAGCAUCCGUCUGGCUCCGCUGAUACCUCAGUCCAGUCUUAUCUUCCAGGCAUGGGAGGACCAGUGCCUGCCACCUGCUGUGGCCUCUGUCCUGGAGGCAGGGGGCUGCAGCAGUGGCCUCCCGCCCGGGCAAGCAGAUGUGGGCCCCCUCCGGCUCUACCUGGCAGACAUCCCAUCCCUGACAAAGCAGGACAGGGCCACACUGGCUGCUCUGCCCCUUUUCAUACCACUGCCCUGCUUGGCCACCCCACAGCCCGUGGAGCUGGUACCGGCCGGUGCCACCCCAGCGCUGGAGCCAGAGCUGGAGCUGCCCAGAGACGUGGUGCUGCCAAAGGCUGUGUUGCAAUGCCGGGAUGAAGCUGACCGGCGGCUCCUAGGGAGGCUCGAGAGGUCUCUCAUCAGUGCAGCCCACGUGGCACUGGAGGCUGUCAGAGCCUUGGCCCAGGGUGCCUAUGCAGGGCGGGCGGCCGAGACACAGGCUCUGCUGCUCUGGGUGCUGCAGCACGGAGACAUCCUCUUUGCACAGAGCCCCCCGCUUCAGCAAGCCUGCAGCAGGCUGGCCUUCCUGGAGACCCCCAAUGGCCUCAUGUGCCCGCAAGACCUCUACGAUCCCUGCGAGAGCACCUUGCAGGCACUGCUGGGCCCUGAGUGCUUUCCUCCUGCCGCCUUCCGCAGUCCACCUGUACUCCGUGCCUUGAGAGCCUUGGGCUUGCGGCAUGGUGAGGGGUGCCUGGUGCCUUCGGACAUCCUCAAGGCUGCAGCAAGCGUGAGUCAGGGUGACGCAGCAGCUCUGGACAGGGCCCGGGCACUGAUCAAGGUCUGCAAUCACCCCAAGGCACUGGCUGGCUUCAGCGCUGCGAAGCUUAGGCAGCUCCAGGCCCUGCCAUGGGUGCCUCAUUCCGAGUGCACUGGAAAGCCUGGGCAGCCCUUCCUGCCCCCCAGUGAGCUGCGGUCCACCCAGUACCAGCCCCUGGUGGGGCUUGCCAUGCACCUGACUGGUGCCUUUGAGCCAGAGGCAGAGAAGAAGCUGGGGCUGAGCCAAACCCCACCACCAGAGAGAGUGUGGGAGCAGCUGAGACAGCUAGCAGGGUGCAGGGACAUGGGUAAGGUGGGUCCUGCACUCCAGCCUGUCUACCAGCACAUGCAGAAAAAUUUGAAGACCUUUGGGGCUGCCCCACAUGAUGCUGUGGUGUGGACUGGGGCUGGGUUUGUCCUGCCAUGUGAUGCUGUGCUGGGCUACCCUGAGGAGCUGGAGCUGGGGAUGCUGGUGCCCCGGGUGCCCCCUGAUUUCCUGCCCUACAGCUGCCUCUUCAGGGCUUGGGGAGUGGAGGCAAGGGUGAGUGAGGAGAGGGCGGUUGCAGCCCUGCGCUGCCUGGGGCAGAACAUAGACGCACGCAGCUCCAGAGCUGGCACUGCAGCAGAGUUGCAGGUGGCUGUAGCUGUCCUGGAGUGGCUUAAGAGCCGGGGGCACUGGGGUGAGGGCACAGUGCCAGUUCCUGUGAGGAUCCCGGAGGGCUCGGGCUUUGCCCUCCGCCCGGCUGCCUCUACCGUGUACCUGGACAUGGAGUUGGAGACAGAGGAGGAUGUUCAGGAGGUGGUGCAUGAGGCAGUGCCAUCCAGCACAGCCAUGUUCCUUGGCACAGAGCUGCUCAGUACGCGGGUGCUGGGGCCGGAGCCAUUCACAGCCUGCGGUCCCUCAGAGCCCAUCACCUUACGGCUUCGCAACAUCCUCCGGGAGUACGGCGAGGAGGGCGACCUCUUCACAGAGAUUGUCCAGAAUGCAGAGGAUGCUGGAGCUACUGUGUGCCGCUUCCUCCUGGACCUCCGACGCUGCAAAAAGGCCACCUCUGGGCUGCUAGACCCUGGCAUGGCUGCCUGCCAUGGCCCAGCCCUCUGGGCCUACAACAAUGCCCUGUUCACAGAGGAUGACCUCCGUAACAUCACACAGGUUGGGGCUGCUACGAAGGAGGGCAAGGCAGGCCAGAUUGGGCGCUUUGGGCUGGGCUUCAGCUCCGUCUACCGUGUCACAGACGUGCCAGCAGUACUGAGUGGGAAGACACUGCUCAUCUUUGAUCCCAAUGGCACCCAUCUGGGCAAGCACAUCCCCAGGGCUGGCAGCCCUGGCAUCCGCCUGGACUUCUCCAGCCGACCACGCAUCCUCCGUGCCUUUGCUGAGCAGUUCUCUCCCUACCAUGGUAUCUUUGGGUGCCGCCUACCUGAGCCAGGACCCUUUUCAGGCAGCCUUUUCCGUCUGCCUUUUCGCACUGAAGAGGAAGCUGUGACAUCACAGAUUUGCUCAGAGGCCUUUGGUACAGAGCGCAUCCAGUCCCUUGGCACCAGCUUCCUUGGUUCUAACCGGCUCCUGCUGCUCUUCCUGCGGAGGGUGAGGGAGAUGUCCCUAGAGAUGCUGCCAGACGUGGCCACCUCUGCGGAGGAUACCAUGCCUCUGAUCAUGCUGCAGCAAAAGGAGAUCCAAGACUUGGGGGCCCCUGGGGAUCCUCCAAGCUGGGCAGCCAUCAGGCAGCUCACAGCCUGUGAAGAGGCAUCCAAGACCACAUGGCACUACUUAGUUUUGGUGUGUCAGGGUGAUGGGGAGUUGCUGGAACUGUUUCACCGGAAUACACAGGCAGGGCUCUGUUGUCUGCCUCCGAUGGCUGGUGUGGCCCUUCCCCUUGCCCUUGCUGCAGAUGGCAAGUGGGUGCCGCGUCUGGGUGCUGAGAAGGGGCAAGUCUUCUGCCACCUUCCCAUGCCAAUCAUGUCAGGGCUGCCAAUUCACGUGCAUGGGGCCUUCAGCAUCCUCUCAAACCGUAAGGGACUAUGGGACACGGCAGAGCAGGGUGAGUGGAACCGGGUGCUGCUCCGCAAUGCUGUACCGGCUGCCUGGCUCCGGGCACUGGACCACCUCCGCACCAUGCAUGAGGCAGGUGAGUUGAAGAGCUAUGAAUAUCAUGUCUUCUGGCCGGACACUAACACUGCCCGUUACCCCUUUACAGAGGCUGUGACUGGUUUCUACCAGGCUGUGGCAGAUAGGAAUGGCCCCAGGCUCUUUUCUGAUGGCUGCUCAUGGUGCUCACUGCGGGACGCCCGCUUUCUGCACCAGGCUGUGGUCAGACAUGCCAAGCUGGGUGCUGUGGCAAAGCGUGUCUUUGCCACCACCCUGCCCCAUCCCCUGUUAGCUGUGGCCUUGCCAGAGCAGGUGCAGAGGGGCCUUGGGAAGGCAGUGGAUGCUGGCAUCUAUGACUGGCCCCGCUUUUACUGUGAGCUUGUGCUUCCCAACUUGGAAGAUCUCUCUGUUGUUGACCGGGACCCACUGCUUCUCCAUGCACUGGAUAUGUCCCAUGAUGAUGUGGACGAAGUGCUGAAGACAGUGCCAUCAUGGCCACCUGCAGCUCAUCAAUUGCUUGGUGCAUCCCAGAGGCCGCACUGCCUCUUUAUACGACCCUAA